AUGAGUGAAUGAGGAGCGGCCCGCAGCGCCCGUCGAUGCCUCGCCGGGGAGCCGGGUGCCUGCGCCAUGAACCCCGAGAUGGCGAUGGAGCCGCUGGGCAGCCUGCACGGGGCGGCGGGCCAUGAGCCGGAGCUGAUGGGCAGCCCCAGCCCCCACCACGGCGGCCGCAGCGCCGGGCCGCUCCGGGUGCCCCCCCCGCCGCCGCCGCCCCCGCCGCCGCACCAGGAGCUGCCGCCCCCCGCCAGCGCCCGGCCGGCCAUGGUGUCCAGCAUGGCCUCGCUGCUGGACGGCGCCGCCGAGUACCGGCCCGAGCUCUCCAUCCCGCUGCACCACGCCAUGAGCAUGCCCUGCGAGUCCUCGCCGCCCGGCAUGGGCAUGAGCAGCACCUACACCACCCUGACGCCACUCCAGCCCCUGCCGCCCAUCUCCACCGUCUCCGACAAGUUCCACCACCCGCACGCCCACCCGCACGCCCACCACCACCACCACCACCAGCGCCUCUCGGGCAACGUCAGCGGCAGCUUCGCCCUCAUGCGGGACGAGCGCGGGCUGCCGGCCGUCAACAACCUCUACGGGCCCUACAAGGAGAUGCCCGGCAUGGGGCAGAGCCUCUCGCCGCUGGGCAACGGGCUGGGUCCCCUCCACAACGCCCAGCAGGGCCUUCACGGCUACGGGCCGCCCGGCCACGAGAAGAUGCUCAGCCCCAACUUCGACGCCCACGCGGCCAUGCUGGCGCGAGGGGACCAGCACCUCUCCCGUGGGCUGGGGACCCCCCCUGCCAUGAUGCCCCACCUGAACGGCAUGCACCCCCCCGCCCACCCCGGCCACCCGCCGCCCCACGGCCCCGCGCUGCCCGCCGGCCGGGAGCGGCCGCCCUCCUCCUCCUCCGGCUCGCAGGUGAGCAGCUCGGGGCAGCUGGAGGAGAUCAACACCAAAGAAGUGGCACAAAGGAUCACGGCGGAGCUGAAGCGCUACAGCAUCCCGCAGGCCAUCUUCGCCCAGCGGGUGCUGUGCCGCUCUCAGGGGACCCUCUCGGACUUGCUGCGGAACCCUAAGCCUUGGAGUAAACUCAAGUCCGGCCGGGAGACCUUCCGGAGGAUGUGGAAGUGGCUGCAGGAGCCGGAGUUCCAGAGGAUGUCGGCCCUGCGGCUGGCAGCCUGCAAACGCAAGGAGCAGGAGCCGAGCAAGGAGCGGAACACGUCCCAGAAGAAGUCCCGCUUGGUCUUCACCGACCUCCAGCGCCGAACGCUUUUCGCCAUCUUCAAGGAGAACAAGCGCCCUUCCAAAGAAAUGCAGAUCACCAUCUCACAGCAGCUGGGCCUGGAGCUCACCACCGUCAGCAACUUCUUCAUGAACGCCCGUCGGCGCAGCCUGGAGAAGUGGCAGGAUGACCUGAGCUCCGGGGGCUCCUCCGCGGCCCCCAGCACCUGCACCAAGGCCUGACAGGAGCGGCUGAGAGGGCAGCUUCACUGGUGACCUAAAGCACAAUCCUCCUGGAACCCCCCCCCAGCUCGGCUCUCCCCCAGGACCCCUCCCACGGCUUCUCCUCCAUCCCAGCAGGCUCAGCAUUAACCCCCAAUACUAUGCUCAGGACAGGCGGAGCGGGGCUGGAAGGUCGGGGAGCGGUGGUGUUGAGGCGAGGGAGCCCCGAAGAGCCCCGGGCACUGGGGAUGCUGUGGCCAGCGGGGGCCACCUGGCCCUGCCCAGGGCUGGCCACAAUGCCCUGCACCAGCUCUGCCCACCCCACAACCCAGCACAAAGUCUG